AUCUACGGUUAACCCCACGACCUGUCAUUUAAUAUAUCUGACGUAGCCUCGACGGCACUUGCAAAUACCCUCGCAACACGUUCGAGUACAUAUUUAAUCGCAUCUUCUCAUCCACGCUGUGAUGGCGUCCGCCAUGGCAGCAAACGCGGCAGCUGUGCAUAAUGUUCGAUCAGAUCGGGCCUCGAAUAUGGGGACCUCAGGCAUGAGCGGCGACCGUUCUCGGGCGUCACAUAAUCAUGGCAUGGCCAAGGGCUUUGGCUCUGGAAAGAGCAGAUGGAAUAACAAUAUCUGGGGUAACACUAACCUCGGAACUGGUUUCACGGAUGGUCCCGCGGACACUGGAUUGAUCAGAGACCAAACGCAGAUGAACGGAGCGGAGCAUGCUUUUGAAGGCAAAUCCGGGUCAGGUUCCCUGCUGUCCACUUCUGAAUCUGAGGGUUGGACCGGCCGGCCAAACUUGCCAUGGAGCACUGUAAGCUCAGCAUCUUCAUUGUCGAUGACACAGAGCAAGAGCAUUGCCACGUCUCCCGUACAAGCGCGCGCCCACGACCGAAGUGCUCCUGUUAUUUCUGAGGCGGAUACGACGUCCUAUUUCUCGCUUCCCAGACCUUCAGCCAUCGGGCAAGGAUCCACAACCGCCAGGGAAAAGACCUACCUGAACCAGCCAUCUGAGGGAUUAACCCCGUCUGGCGGCGAUUCCAUUUCGUUUGGGAACUUUGGCGGCUUUAGGAACGAGGAGUCCAACCGCCGUCAAAUCAGUUCGUCGUUCAGUGGUAACACAGUAGGACCGACUUUCCAGGGCAGAGGGAGUCUGUCUGGAGAGGUUGAGGUCUCACGAGCAGAGGACAUCAGCUCGAUCAACCUGGCAUUCCCUCAGACUGUUACUGAGUCGAUGAAUCAGACCGGCCGCACUGCGGUUGCUGGUCCGUACAAUCAUCUGUCCCAUGGAUCUCUGUCUCUUGCAUCCCAGAGGCCUGGCCACUCUGCCCAUCCAUCAUUUCACUCCGACAGCCAGGGCUUCCAGAACCGAUAUGGAAACAGUCAAAUGGACAUCAGCGCCGGACUGGACAAGCUGCAGCUGAAUGAUAACAAUGUUUCCUCCCAGCAAAGCGCGCAGAGACCAGGUUACGUCUCUCAUGCCUCGUACGAUGGAUCUUUCAACAGAUUCAAGUACCAGUUGGCUGCUGACGAAGGCAACUACCAGCCAGUGAGUGGUUACACCCCUGACGGCUCUGAUUUACAUGCUGGAUAUCACCCGGCUGCUUCUCGAUUGGCGGAUCGCAGCUCGGGUUCUCCCGUCGACUACGGUCGCAUCAAUAGCCCUUUCUACCAAGCUAGCGGGACUCCUGCACCUACGACGCAAUAUCGCACGCCUUCCGGAGGUAUUCGACUUGCUAACCCCGCCCCGGAUGGGCAGACUGCGCUGCUGGAUCGGAAGAUUCGUGCAAUGCAACAGGAACAGGAGUACUCUCAGCACGCGGCCAACUUACUCCAGCCUCGUCUUCAGUUUCCUCCUGCUUACGACUUUGCCGCAUAUCAGGCGGCCAGGCUCAACCCCCUUGCGGCCUUCUAUCCUAUGGCCCCCUACGCUGGUUUUGGUGCCGCCGGUGUUCUUCCCCGCGCUCCGCAUCGUGACCACGACCCGACGCAGGUGGUUCGGAGUCCAUUGCUAGAGGAGUUCAGGACGAACAACAAGGGUAACAAGCGAUACGAAUUGAAGGAUAUAUACAACCACAUUGUCGAAUUCAGUGGAGACCAGCAUGGCUCUCGUUUCAUUCAGCAGAAGUUAGAAACUGCCAACAGUGACGAGAAAGAACAGGUUUUCCGUGAGAUCCAGCCGAACUCGCUGCAGCUGAUGACAGAUGUUUUCGGAAAUUAUGUCGUGCAGAAGCUCUUUGAGCACGGCAACCAGUCCCAGAAGAAGAUUCUUGCGAACCAGAUGAAGGGACAUAUUCUGGCUCUGUCGACACAGAUGUAUGGAUGUCGAGUCGUACAGAAAGCGCUGGAACAUAUCUUGACGGAUCAGCAAGCAUCCAUGGUCAAGGAGCUCGAGAACCACGUCCUGAAGUGCGUUCGAGACCAGAAUGGGAACCAUGUCAUUCAGAAAGCCAUUGAAAGGGUUCCGUCGCAGCAUGUCCAGUUCAUUAUCAACGCCUUUAAGGGACAGGUCAACCGGCUUGCCGCGCAUCCCUAUGGCUGCCGCGUCAUUCAAAGAAUGCUCGAGCAUUGCGAAGAGCCUGAUCGCCAGUCCAUUCUUGCUGAACUUCACGCUUGCACAGCAAGCCUCAUUCCGGAUCAGUUUGGAAACUAUGUCAUCCAGCAUGUCAUCGAAAAUGGCGAGGAGAAGGACCGAUCGAGGAUCAUCUCCAUCGUCCUUUCCCAGCUGCUAGUGUUUUCCAAGCAUAAGUUUGCUAGCAACGUCGUCGAAAAGAGCAUCGAGUUCGGUGAGGAAAGCCAGAGACGCGAGAUAAUUCGCCUCCUCACCUCGCCCAACGAACGAGGCGAGAGCCCGCUCUUGGGCUUGAUGCGUGAUCAAUAUGGAAACUACGUCAUCCUUCUUGGGCAGCUGAAGGGUGAUGAGCGCGAAGGCCUUGUCGAGCAGAUCAGACCACAGCUUAGCCAGCUGAAGAAAUUCAGCUAUGGUAAGCAGAUAGUGGCAAUCGAGAAGCUCAUAUUUGACCCCAGCACUGGUACGGGCUCUUCUGUCAAUGCAGCUUCGUCUACCACGCCUCCUGCAUCACACAAGUCUUCUCCUCAGCCUUCUCGCAGGUCGCUCACUGACAUUGAAGCGUGCCGUCCUAUUGUUGGUGCUGCUCCCCCCACUCCGCCACCCACCGAUACUGCAAGCACAACUGAUGGGGGCGUUGAAACUUGCAAAUGCAUGGCAACCAGGUCUGUGACGUCUGUCUCUGAGACAGACACUGUUGCAGCUGGCGAUGUUUCGACCACCUCUGGCUCCAGGGCCUAGAUUAUCUGGGGCCUUUUUCAUGAACCUCAACUUCGCUUAACUACCUUGUGUUGAAUAUUUCACUUUUUCUUUUAUUCAUCAAGGCGUAUACAUACAGGACCUUCGGAGGAUAUAUGGAUUAACCUUGUUCAAAUUACCUGUGUGAUUCUUUCG